CAUUUUUAACCAACACGUUGAUAAUAUUUGUGAAUGUGGUUAUUUUACUAUUAUUAUUAAUUUUCAAACUCCUGACAGCCUCUUUUAUUUCUGUGAGGCAUUGUAUUUCCGGGCCGGUUGAUGCUGACUUGACAACUCGGAGAAGGAGCUCUUUGUAUGACUGGUCCGCGAGCUCAGGCAGCGCAGAGCACGCGCGCGUCAGCAGCAGCGCUGUAGGAGAAUCACACAGAGUCCCACUGAGGGACAAACAUGAUCCAGCAACGUUCCCUGUCCGAACCACGCAUCGCUGCCGGUUGCAGACAACUUCAAACGGAGGGAAAACGACGCUUUUAAAUGCUCAUGUUUUGUCUCGGUUGUUUUUAACGUCAGGUAUAAAAGAAGUGCGUUUAAUAUUACUGGGAAGUUUGCUACGCACAGUGGCGGUCACUGGAGCAUGAAAGCCGGUGCAGAGAGAAAGGCAUCCGCGUAAAUUUCACCGACUCUUAAAGCUUGGUUUUGGCUCAUUAUUUUCCAAAAGAAGCUUGUAUUAUUGGAACGAGUUUUUUUUCCGUAGUCGCUCAGGAGAUUAAAACUUUACAAGUUUGAAAAAAUAAAAGUAGCGGUUGUAAUACCCGCAGAGGACAGAGAAGAAAGAAACUCGAAGAGGAGUACAUGGGAGAAGUGGAUGUAUUUUCGGCCAUGGAUGUAACAGUUUACCCGCCUCCUCCUCAGCCUCUGGACGCCUCAGACCACGUCAGACUGGGGCAGCUCUCCUACCCUGACCCGGCCUUUGGGGCCAACAAGUUGGAUGGGGACACCAUGUUCUUGGGAAUCACAGAAGCAGGCCUUGAGUUCACCUCCACAAAUCAGUUUCGUGUUCCACAGCCCUCUCUACAUCUCAGCAAGAUGAUUCCACCAAACCCACCUUUGCAGCAGUGGAAGAGGGACACGCACAUGACCGACACACAUCGUCUCCCUGUGGUGAAUGUACACAAACACACACACACACAACCUUGCAAGUGUAACACUGCAGCUCUUCAAGAUGUUUUUAAAAGAGUGACACAUACUGAUGUCCACAAAUAAUUGUAGCACAUUCCAAUGUGGCGAAUUCACUAGUUUUAGACCAGAUUGGACAAUAUUGGUGAAGUAAUAGCAGCAGCAGACAGAUGUAGAUCUACUUGUGUUCACCAUCUACAGGCAAGGCCUUUGUGAUUUUGCCUUUAUGAUUUCUUGCCAGUGGCCAGUUUGGCAGGUGUGGAACACAUUAAAACACAAAGCAAAACAUUUUUUGGUGGUGUUUUCUCUCCAUUGUCUGUCUCAGCUUCAAACACACCCACAAACACAGGCAUUAUUCUUAGAUUGUGGAAAAUAGAGUGGAAAUAGAAUGAGAGAUAUCAGGCAUGCAUCAGAUACCUACUGUACAUGGACAAAAUUGUUGGUACCCUUCCGUUAAAGAAAGAGAAACUCACAAUGGUCACUG